AUUCGAUCGAUUCUCUCUCUAUUUGUAUCUCCCGCUUUUGGCGCCCAUCCAAAUACCUUCGAAAAACCCACCAGAGUUGAGGGUUUCACCGCCAUUGAUGGAGCAGCAGAGGAAGCAAGUGGUGCAGCAGGAGGAGGUUGAGGAGGCGCACGGCCCUUUCCCUGUCGAACAGCUUCAGGCGUCGGGCAUUGCCGCCAUUGACAUAAAAAAGCUGAAGGACGCUGGCUUAUGUACUGUCGAAUCGGUAGCCUACUCUCCGAGGAAGGAGCUUCUGCAGAUCAAAGGAAUCAGCGAUGCUAAAGUCGAUAAGAUAAUCGAGGCAGCUUCGAAACUGGUCCCGUUGGGAUUUACGAGCGCCGGGCAGCUUCACGCUCAGAGGCUCGAAAUCAUUCAAAUAACAUCCGGAUCGAAGGAGCUCGAUAAAGUUCUAGAAGGAGGAAUUGAAACGGGUUCCAUUACGGAGCUAUACGGGGAGUUUCGAUCUGGGAAAACUCAGUUAUGCCAUACUCUCUGCGUUACUUGUCAACUUCCGCUAGACCAAGGAGGUGGCGAAGGGAAAGCAAUGUACAUCGAUGCCGAGGGGACAUUCCGGCCGCAGAGGCUGCUGCAGAUAGCCGAUAGGUUUGGGUUGAACGGCGCCGACGUGUUGGAAAACGUGGCGUACGCCCGAGCGUAUAAUACCGAUCAUCAAUCUCGCCUUUUGCUUGAAGCUGCUUCCAUGAUGGUCGAAACAAGGUUUGCUCUGAUGAUAGUCGACAGCGCUACUGCGCUGUACAGGACGGAUUUUUCUGGGAGGGGCGAACUAUCGGCUCGGCAAAUGCAUCUUGCCAAGUUCUUGAGGAGCCUUCAGAAAUUGGCAGACGAGUUCGGAGUUGCGGUUGUGAUAACGAACCAGGUCGUCGCUCAGGUGGACGGCUCUGCCAUUUUUGCCGGUCCUCAGAUCAAGCCCAUCGGCGGCAACAUUAUGGCGCAUGCGACUACGACCAGAUUGGCUUUGAGGAAAGGGCGAGGCGAAGAACGGAUAUGCAAAGUCGUGAGUUCGCCGUGCUUGGCCGAAGCUGAAGCAAGAUUUCAGAUAUCGGUGGAUGGUGUAACUGAUGUUAAGGAUUGAGUUUUGUAAGUUUUUGUUUUUGUUUUUGUUUUCUCGGACAUUCUCAGGUCCGAGUGUAUGAAUUCUAGUGCGAUCCAGGGGAUUGGGAUCGGAGUUUUGGAUAUCAAAAUCUGUCUAUAAGUGGCCAUCUGUAGCUUAUUUUUCUUAUGUUUUCAACUUUGUUUCCGUAUUAUUAUGUCAAAAACAUAAAGUCAAGUAUUGAAGUGAGAAAGAUGUUGGUAAGGGAAAAAAUUCAGUAUCAAAGAGA